AUUAAAGGAGUCUCUUCUACUGUCUUUCAAAUUAUUUUGAAUUUCAGACAUUUUUUUAAGGGUUAACAAUGAUUUUCAUUACAAGAAUAUUGUCUGCUUAUAUUUUUAUAAUCUUUGUUCCUAUAUACCACAAUAUUUUUAUUCUCAACAAAUCUUCAUCUUCUUGACAUCUGGUUACUGAGUACCGAGUAAUUUAGCUUUUUAUAAUUCAUUAAGAUAACGGUGAUCUAUUGUCUACGACCUGAAAUAAAUCUCGCGCACGAUGAUUAGGAUGAUAAAUGUUCUUUUUUGGGACACCCUGUAUACAUACACACAUUACACAUAGUAAUGUCAUUACUUAGCGAAGAUCGAUCAAAUAAUUUAUUAUACACUAUUUUGUAGUCCAUACAAAUAGAGCAGCCAUCCAGCAUGGGGAUACUAGAAAGAAUAGAUGAUUAUUCCCAAUUAAAAAUGUCCAGCCUGUUACCAAUAACUUAGACCUUCCAGUUAAUUACUGAUACUCACCAAAGUUUUCAAAAAAAAAAUGGGCCAAGCUGUUCUUCAAAUUUCGUAAAGCAUAUCAAGUCCAAAAUCAAAGUAGACCAUCGUCUUUGUAUGAGUAACAAAAAAAAUAUGUGAUAAUCGAUCCAGUUGUCCCAAUAAAUAACCACGUCGACCAACGUGUGUAAAUGGCCUCCCAGUUUUCUGUAACAGUAAAAUUUCUAGAAAAUGCUUUGAAUAUCCAAUGUAUACACGUUGCAGUCGUAUUCGAUCAAGUUGCUAUGGUUACAGCGUGACAACCUUUCAAAUCGAUUGAUACUGUCCUAUAAUCUGAAGGAAAGAGACUUUCUUCAGAAAAGUCACCAUAUGUUGUACAUUAUAUUACAUAAGCCCUGUAUCGACGUCCAGACUAUAGCCAAUAUCUGUUUUAGAAAAUUUCUUGAAUAAUUAAGGAAAUACCAUGGGUCAAGGUAGAUGUCGUCUAUACCUGACCCUUAUCGAUGGCUGUAUUCGUUAUAACUGCUUCACAUAAUUCCGACUUACCUUACCAGUAACUGUCCAGCUACUGGACAUGCAGGUGGCCAAUACCAACCUUACCCUUGUGCUUAGUAAAAGCGGUAAAUUUAAUAUCACGUGAUAGAAUUGUACGAUUAAAAAAAGAAUAUGGCUAAAAAGGUAACCUGUUGUUCGAAAAUAACUCUUAUCGCUGGAUGAUAUGAAGUUACUAUUAUGGGACGAGACAUGUUGGAGAUAUAUUUUGUGUGAUUCUGCUCAGCGAGAAUGCCUAUCUAUACAUAUCGGCCAGGCUGGCGUUCAAAUGGGAAACGCCUGUUGGGAACUUUAUUGUCUGGAGCAUGGUAUUCAUCCGGAUGGUCAGAUGCCUAGCGACACGACUGUGGGAUAUGGAGAUGAUUCUUUCAAUACAUUUUUCUCAGAGACCAGCUCUGGGAAACACGUGCCCAGGGCCGUAUUUGUGGACUUGGAGCCCACUGUCGUUGACGAAGUUCGUACUGGUACAUACAGACAAUUGUUUCAUCCUGAACAAUUGAUCACGGGAAAGGAAGAUGCCGCUAAUAAUUAUGCCAGAGGACACUAUACCAUAGAGAAUUUUGUAUUUUUAGGUAAAGAAAUUGUCGAUCUUACUCUUGAUCGGAUUCGCAAGAUUGCUGAGCGGUGCAAGGGACUUCAAGGAUUUUUGAUUUUUCACUCGUUUGGCGGAGGAACUGGAUCUGGAUUUUCUAGCUUAUUAAUGGAAAGAUUAUCCGUUGAUUAUCCCAAGAAAAGUAAAUUAACAUUCAGUAUUUAUCCGGCGCCUCAGGUUUCUACAGCUGUCGUUGAACCGUACAAUGCGAUCCUUUAUACUCAUCCGACUCUGGAACACUGUGAAGUCGCCUUUAUUGUAGACAAUCAGGCUAUCUAUGAACUGUGCAGAAGAAAUUUGAAUAUCGACAGACCAACUUAUACUAAUCUCAACCGUCUCAUUGGUCAAAUAGUAUCAUCUAUCACAGCCAGUUUACGUUUUGACGGAGCACUCAACGUUGACCUAACGGAAUUUCAGACGAAUUUAGUUCCUUAUCCACGAAUACAUUUUCCUCUGGCAACCUACGCACCGGUUCUCUCAGCAGCCAAAGCUGGUCACGAGCGAAUCACAGUGUCAGAAAUUACAAGUUCGUGUUUCGAACCAAAUCAUCAAAUGGUUAAUUGUGAUCCACGACGUGGAAAGUAUAUGGCCGUUUGUAUGCUGUACAGAGGCGACGUAGUACCAAAAGACGUUAAUGCCGCCAUUGCUAUGAUUAAGAAACAAAAGCACGUACAAUUUGUAGAAUGGUGUCCGACUGGUUUCAAGGUUGGUAUUAAUUAUCAGCCACCGACUGUCGUUCCUGGUGGCGAUUUGGCCAGAGUCGAAAGAGCCGUUUGUUGUCUUUGCAACACAACCGCCAUUGUUGAAGCUUGGGCCAGGAUCGAUCACAAAUUUGAUCUCAUGUAUGCAAAGCGAGCAUUUGUUCAUUGGUUUGUUGGAGAAGGUAUGGAGGAAGGUGAAUUUUCUGAAGCUAGAGAAGAUUUAGCAGCUCUUGAAUUGGAUUAUCGUGAAGUUCAGGAAGACGCUACUAACACGGAAGACGAGGAUGAUGGAUAUUAGACAUUAUGAAAAUUUACUGUCCUAAUUUUUUUUCUUCUUAACUCAAUCAGAUAUUUCAGGUCAUAAUCAAUGUUCUUGAAAUGUAGGUUGUAUCAUAGGAUACAUAUUCGAUUAAUCAUUUUAGAUCACAGCAUAAACCUAGGAAUAGGUGCGUGGAGUGUCUGAGCCAACUUAAUGCCUUUCACAUGAAGAACAAAAUCGCGCGAACGUUCUCGGAUUAAUGGCGUCAGAAUCGUGUUAUCAAUUUCAUAAUUAAUAUGCUAAGAUUUAUAUGUACUUCCUAUUUAUAUUCAUUGAUAUUCCGCAAUAAGCAAUUUUGCUAAGUAGUCACUCUUAUAGAAUAAGUCAUGCUAUUUGAGGAGCCUGUUUGCCCCUGCGUCACGUUGGAAAAAUAACUUGACUCACACGAAGAAAUUUACGGAACUUUUCGUGUUGAGGUUAAUGAUUUUUGGGAUAUCAAAAAAUAAUUUUCAGAAAGUUUACCUAUGAGGGAAGUGACGCCUGGUAUUAAAUUGAAGAAAAACUGUGUUCUCAAAAUAAAAUAGCAAAGUUUGA